AUGCAUAGACACGCCCUGUCCGAGACGGCCGGAAUGGUGUCGUCGCGCUCGAGCAGGAGCCACAGCUUCAGCAGCGACAAGACGCCCUCUCUGGCCUCGUCCGUCACCUUCCAGAUGCCCGCCACGGUCCGACCCGCGCCUGCCUACAUCGCCGCAUCCGUGGCUUCACAGACCGUCACCGACCACCACAAUGCGCAGCUGCGCGACCAAGACGCCGACACGGACGAGCUGCAAAACGCCAUCUUUUCCGAACAGGCGCUGGCCCUCCUCAAUGCCUUCCUCGACCACCUGCUCUUCGCCUUCCUCUCGUCUGCGCGGUCGCCCGCCCUGGCUGCCAUCCGACCCGCCGUGUCCGACGUGCUCAAGCCGCGACUGGCCCGCGACGCCAUCGAGGCCGCGGAUGAGGAGCUCCAGGGCCUUUUGGCGGGAGAAGACGACGAGGACAUGUCCACGGAGCAUGCCAAGCAAAUGGACAGAUGGGACGUGGAGAAGGUAUGGAAGCGCACGCGUCUGCGCAUCAUGGUCUACACGCGCCUGGGCGAGCUCGAGGACGAGGACGAGGAGCGCUAUGUGCAGCAGGAGCGCGGUCUGAGCAUGGACGAAGAUGACGACGACGAGGCUGGUCUUGUUGCCUGGGCGUCGGCCAUCUUCCUCACCUCGGUUGUUGAAUACGUCGCUGAGCAGUUGCUGCUUGUCGCAGGCUCGGCCGCCUUUGCGCGCAUGGCUGCGAGGAUGAAGAAGCUCGCGCAGCGGGCCGACGACCAUGCCGAGCAACAGCCCAUCGAGCGGCUGGUCAUUGAAGAGCCAGACGUAGAAAAGAUAGCCCUCAACUCGGCCCUCGGCCGGCUCUGGAGAACGUGGAGGAAACGCGUGCGAUCGCCUACGUCGCCCAUCUCCCCUGGCCGAGGCGUCCAUGCUGCUUCGAGCUACUCGAGCCUACACCACCGCAGAGCCAGUCGCGAGACCAUCAACACCUUGCAUAGUGAGCACGACAUCCGCGAGCAUGAAAUCCGCGAGCACGACACGCUGCCCGAGCAUCCUCCUACCGAAACCGAUAUCGCCGCUAAUAUACCUCUUCCCAUGCGCGACAACGACGUCGACGAGAUCGAGGUGCCUGGCCUGGCGCCCCCAUACGAGGAUGAGGGAGAGAGAGAGGGCACGCAGACGCCUGUUCAGCGGCCGAUGAGGCCGUCUAGUGUGCUUGUGCUGUCCCAGGGAGGAUUUGGGGAUGGGGGCAAGAAGGCGAGGCCCAUGAGUAUGCCCAUGCGUCCUGCGGGAACUUUCAUGCCGUCUACGUACUAUGGCUAUGAAGAGCGUACGAGGGAUGAAGAGGAACCAACGCAUGACGGAGAAGUGUCUACACACGAUACCGAGCGAGGAACCCCCUCCCAAGCGACCGAGGAAACCGCACGACAGACCACGCAAGAAACUACGCUAGACAACAUGUCUCAGCAACGCGAUUCGGUAGACAGCCAGGAAGACGAGUCGCCUGAACCCGAUGCUUCAAUGGUAGCAUUCGCAGCAGCUACGGGCAUGGGUUUCCGUCGAAGCGCAAUCGGACACUCAGCGACGAAGGAACCUGAAACUGAGCCGACCCAUCAGGUCACUGAGAGCGAACCAAAGGUCACACAACCGAAGAGGAUGUCAGUAGGACCCUCGCAGGAAGCUGACGAGCCUGAGCCGCACGAGGUCACUACGGAGAGCCCUCAGGUCAUGAGGUCCAAGAGGAUGUCCAUCGAGCGAGCCGGUAAACCUGGACUCGUCCGUACCUUUUCUACGCGCAGCUCGAGUCUCAAAUCACCUGUCGGUACGCCGUUGGCUACACCGAAGGUGACUGGUAAUGCUGAGGGACGGAGUUAUCUUGACGAUGAUGAGGAUGAUGAGGAGCCAGAACAUCGAGCUAUUGGUGUGGCGAGGACGAGCGAUAAUGCCAUCAGGUCCGCGUCGAAUUCCCCUGGAGAUUCGCCUCACGAAAGGAAUAAGAGGCCCGGGAGUGGAGGGUACGUUGAAGUGCCGCCGAGAAACUUCACGCCGACAAGUCUCACGUAUCGGAACACGCCUUCGCCUGAUGGGAAACCUAUGGUGCCGGAGCGUGCCAUUGAACGUAAACAAGCCAAUCGAAGAUCAAUCAAUGGUGCGGAACUCGUGUUGGGCCCAGGGGUGGGUGGGGGAGGUGGAAGUUUCUCACGUCAGUCGCCUGGAGGAGAGGUGGUCGCCCCAUACGACAGCCAAGGUCCUACAAGUGCACCCAGGAGACAAGAGGCUCGUUCAGUAUCGCGUGGUUCGUCGCUGCCAGCUUUGCAAGAAGUUGAGAGCAACACUGCCCAGCACCGCGGCAAAACUCCUUCCAUCCAGACCAGUCGUAGUGUGCGUACUGCAGACAGCCCCAGGCGUAGCCCUACGUCUGCGACUGACACAUCCGAGAAACGACCACAUCGCCUGUCCGCAGACGAUUCGACACGUCCAGCUGAUAAGUCAUCCUCGGAUAACUCUUCGUUGAAGCGUGGUGCUAGUACCUCUUCUUCUAUUCGAAAAGGUGCUUACCCCAUUACGUCCAGCGGACGAGACUCGAGUGCCAGCCACCGCUCCAGAGGUCUGAGUGCAAGUGGCUUGAGCGGACGUAUGUCUGAGGAAGACCGAGCGCGCGAGUUCGAUUCGCUGGUCAAGGGGCAGGACACGGUGAAGUUUACAUUGACGCCUGAAAGUGUACGAACUACUAAUGAGUCCCCCGUCUUGAAGAAGACAGAACCACGCAAAUCUUCUGCCUCUUCUGCCUCCGUGACAGUCUACCCUCGGACCGACGCCUCCGACAAAAGCUUUGGCACAGCCAACCUGCCCAACACGACAGCACCAAGAGCAAAAGGACCGACCGCUGCCUCUUCUCACAAACCCUCACCUAGCCGUAAGGUAGUCACCAGACCUCUCGCUCGAGACCCCAAGAUCGAGUCGGAAUCCAUGCGCGACUUUGCAGACUUUAUCCGUUCCACCGGUCCCUCCCCUGGCCAAGAGAAGCCCAUCCAGCCCUUUGUCAACAUUAGCAAUAACGGCCAGAAAUCAGGCAACCAUUCGACUUCCUCCCUCGGACGCAAGAUGUCAACUUCCAGGCAAUCUGGUAAUGCGAACAAUACUCCAGCUACGCGCACGCGACCCAACAUGGAACCCCGCUCUCCCGCCGGCCUGUCUACUGGAAACGGUGACUUGAUCGAUUUUAUCAGACAGGGCCCGCCAGACGCAAACCAUAAACAACCAAGGAUACCGAAGAAUAUUGCCCCGUUCCGGACGACUGUUGAUAGCGACACUUUUGAUACUAUGCUCGGAGGACAUGGAGGCGUGGAGAGUGCUUAUGAGUCCAGGGCUGACAGAACCACGGAAAGAAAUGUAGCGGAGUCAGCGUAUGGCUCUGCGGCUACACAGAGACAGACGGCUCCUCCUCCUCCUCGGCAGAGGGAGGAGAGCCUAAUGGACUUUUUAAACGGCAUGGAACCCCCUGGAGGCGCGUCGUCGGCUAAACCCCAACCUUUCCUGCUUAGUGAGGAGACUAUUGCUGCGGCAAAGGCGAGAGCGGCUGCAGGCCAAAAUGGUUCCAAUUCUUCUAAUUUGACUGCUUCUCGCAAUGGCAAUGGUACUGCACCACCGCCAUUUGGAUCAGCUUCUUCCUCAUCGUCAACGAAUAAACCCAGGCUGCAAGCCCGCGCCCCUGCUGUGGCAGAUGGAAGGGGUGGCAUGGGUGGCGGCAGUAGGACUGCGACGUCUGACUUGGCGGAUUUCUUGAAGAAUUCGGGCCCGCCUGAGCCGGUGGUGCAGACGAGGAGGGAAGAGGUGCCGGAGAAGAAGAAGAGGUUUUGGCAGAGGGGGAAGAUACAAAAGGGUGCCUCGUCUGCCCGUCUCAAAUACUCACCUCUCGUUGAGUUUAUCUUACCAACAGCAAGUCUUCUUCUGGCAGCCUCUCUCUCUCUCUUUCUCCCGAUCGCAUCUCUGCAUCGUUACUUCAUUAUGCGAAUCGUGAGCCCUUGGGAGGCGGUCUCCCACCUCGGCAGCAUCCUGCUCGUCGCCAGCACUGUCUCUGCGUUGGCAGCAACGGCCAACUCGGUCGACACUUACGACUAUGUGGUAGUCGGCUCCGGACCGGGAGGAGGCCCACUAGCCGCCAAUCUCGCACGCUCUGGAUUCAAGACUCUCUUGCUCGAAGCCGGUGACGACGACAGUGCUGCCAUGAUUACAAACGCUAUUGCGUUGACAAACACGGCAGAUACUACGGCCCUCACUUGGACGUAUUGGGUUCGUCAUUACGACGAUGUCGAGUUGACGAAAAAGUACCGCCAUCUUACUUGGAGGCUGCCAGAUGGAAAGUUGUGGGUUGGUCCGGGCAGCGAGGCGCCUGCGGGAGCGGAGAUUGUCGGUAUCCAGUAUCCUCGCGGCGCUACACUUGGAGGAUCGUCCAUUGUUAAUUCUGCCCUGACUGUCCUUCCUGCGAAUAGCGAUUGGGACUAUAUUAAGAACCUUACAGGAGAUGAUUCAUGGAAUGCUACUCACAUGGGAGAAUUGUUCAUCAAGUUGGAAAACAACCAAUACCUCCCACGUGGUACACCAGGCCACGGCUUUGAUGGGUACCUUGAGACAGUUUUGGGUAAUGGAACUGUCUUUCUCUCUUCACCUCAAGCAAGUGCCAUUUUGAAGGCUAUGGCUGCUGAGGCGGGCCAAGAUCCAGAGGAGUUGGAAGGAAUUCUGGACAUUGACCCUAACGAAGUCUUGAAUCCCAACCGAGACCAAGUUACAGGCCUCACUGGCUACGUUAAUCAUGCUAAUGCAACCUGGGCCCGCUAUAGCUCUAGGAACCGAGUUCUCGACACCUUGCGCGCUGUGGACGAGAAAGGCAACAAGAAAUACCCCCUGGAGGUUCGCCUCAACUCCUAUGCUACAAAGGUUCUCUUUGACAAGCCUCGAAAAGGCUCAUUGCCUCGCGCCAGUGGUGUUCAAUACCUUGAAGGCAAAAGCGCUUUUCAAGGCGACCUCCGCUAUGAUCCGACAGUUAAGAAGACCUCACGCCGGGUUUUUGCUCGAAAAGAGGUUAUCCUCAGUGGGGGAUCUUUUGGUACACCUCAGCUGCUUUUACUCAGCGGUGUUGGACCGGCAGCAGAACUCAAGGCCCUGGGCAUCCCCGUCAUCGCCGAUCGACCAGGCGUCGGCCGCAACAUGCAAGACCACAACGAAAUCGCCGUCAUCGGCCACGGCGCCCAGGCAUUCGAUUAUUCCGCUGCUCCUGGCGGUCCUCGCUCGCAAUGCACCUUUGGGGCUUCAGGCGACCCCUGCCUUGCACUUUACCUUCAGGACCAGGGACCCUACGUCCAGCCCAGUCUCACCCAACUCGCCUUCCUCAAAACCAACCACACCGCAAACGAUGAGCGCGACAUUGCCAUCUUCCCCGGCUCCUUUGGAUUUCGCGGCUUCUGGCCCCGCAACACGGGACAGUCGUGGGAUGACCCCCCAACGACAUGGGGCAUGCACGGCGUCCACAUUCACGGCAAUAGCACGGCUGGCUACCUCAAGCUGCGCUCGGCUGAUCCGACCGUGACGCCUGAAAUCAACUUUCGACACUUCAAUGGUACAGGUGCUGCAGGCGACAUUGCCGCCAUCAAGGAGUUCCUCGCUUGGGGUCGUCGUGCUUUCAAUCGCGUACAAGCACCUUUUGCGCCUUAUGAUGUUUCUUGGCCGCCUUGCGCAGGCACGGUUGGUGCCGGCGGAAGCUGCUCUGUUGCUGGCAGUGACGAAGACUUUAUCCGUGAGAACAUUUUUGGCCACCACGUUAUUGGUACUUGUUCCAUUGGCUCCAGCUCUGAUAGGAACGCAGUCUUGGAUUCAAAGUUCCGGGUCCGCGGUGUUUCUGGCUUGCGGGUUGUCGAUGCUAGCGCGUUUCCUAGGUCUCCUGGAGCAUUUCCGGUCGCGGGUGUGUAUAUUUUGAGCGAGAAGGCGUCGGAAACUAUUCUAUCGGGCCAGUAG